AUGCGUUUCUCUGCCACUGUUUCCGCAGCUCUGCUUGGUGCCUCGUCUGUACACGCUAUGGGCGAUUUGGCCUUCAACCUAGGUGUGAAGAAGCACGACGGUACCUGCAAGUACACUCAGGACUACCUCGACGACUUCGAGGCCUUGCGCCCCUACACGGACACGGUCAAAGUCUACUCUACCUCUGACUGCAACACGUUGCAGUUCUUGGGUCCUGCUGCGGACCGUGCUGGCUUCAAGCUAUGGGUCGGUGUCUGGCCAGACGACGACGCUCACUUUUCGAUGGAGAAGGAUGCGCUCAAGACCUACUUGCCAUGGAUCAAGUCGGACACGGUGCGCGGCUUCCUAGUUGGCUCCGAGGCCCUAUACCGUGACGACAUGCCGGCUGAGGACCUAGCCAAGCGGAUCAACGAAGUCCGCAACUUCGUCAAGGACAUCAAGGACAUCAACGGAAACAGCUUCUCGGGCAAGCCUGUGGGAACUGUUGACUCCUGGAACGUUAUUGUCGACGGCCGCUCGCGCCCAGUCAUCGAGGCCUCCGACCUUGUCAUGGCCAACGCCUUCUCCUACUGGCAGGGACAGACAAUGCAGAACGCCUCGUACUCCUUCUUUGAUGACAUCAUGCAAGCUCUGCAGACCGUCCAGACCGUCAAGGGCUCGAGCGACAUCUCGUUCUAUGUCGGUGAGACCGGCUGGCCAACCGAGGGUAGCAGCUUCGAGACUUCUCAGCCAUCUUUGGAGAACGCUAAGCAAUUCUGGAAGGAGGGAAUCUGCGCUAUGCGUUCUUGGGGCAUUAACACCAUUGUCUUUGAGGCAUUCGACGAGGACUGGAAGCCAGACACCUCCGGUAUCAGCGAUGUCGAAAAGCACUGGGGUGUUUUUACCGCCGACAGAAAGCCCAAGUUCAACUUGAGCUGUGACUAA